AUGCAGCCCGGUGCGGUGCCUGCCAAGACUGCAGUCUUAUAUCAUAACUUAUUGGGGAACAAUACAUCACCCAUACCGGUACCCCACAUACCACUCCAAACAGCCACAACCCCGUCUCCGCACUCUCCAGCCAAAAAAAGAAGUUGGGGAAACCCCAUACGCAAUCCUCCCGCAUCUAAUGCAGACAUACGAUACCACUCCUAUGUUUCCAUUCAUCCUUCCAUCCCCACAAUCAAUCAAUCUCGCACCAAUCAGCGAUCCCCUUCCCUACUCCACGGAGAAAACCUCAAUUUCUGUGCGCGCGCGCCUCGACUAUGUAUGGCUCAUAACAGCGUACCGGUACUCGCCCCCUUCUAUCGCGACGCCACGUUCCCAAACGAUUGGCCGCUAAGCACCGAGUGCAAACUCAUGAACGACCCUGGCGAAGCAGGCUAUCCAGGAUACCCUAGAGUCGGCGUUCACACCACACACACGAGUACGUAUGUAUUAUAAUAUUAUGACACCGUACUAACUUACUAAUCAUAUAGUAUAAGGAAUAGACAACGGAGAGUAUACCGGUACGCACGCGAAGCACCGCAGAAAAACUAGCUGCUGUGGUAUGAUACAAGUAUGGAGAUGGAUUUAGGCAUAUCGUAUUGUAUCACAUCGCGCGCACCUACUAUGGGUGGGCAGGUACUCUUAGUGGGUUGGCUUUUGUGAGCGCGGUCGCUAUUGCCGCCAAAUUUUGGCUUUUGUGCUUGGACCUGGGUGCAAUAGCAGUUGUGUUCGCAAACGCUACCCCUUUACGAGCGGGUUGGUAAAUUCGCGGAUGGUCUCGUCCCGUUGCUGUCGUAUGCGAUGUGAUGCGGUGGUUCUGUUUUCUUGGCAUUCAUAUAAGAUGGGAUGAGGAUGGCUUGAACCCUUACGGAUCUCUUUUUUUUUUUGCUUGCUGCGGGGUACCGGUGUUGGUGGAGGACCGUUUUUGCAUACCGCUAACGAGUGACCAUUCGUGAUU